CCUGAACUCUACAUCAAAGGGAGGUAUCACACAUAUCUACUCACCUAGACAGGAAGCCCUAAGCAGAAGAAAAUGAGUAUAACGAAAGAAAAGGACCCUCCUCCUUACAUCUUACCUGUUGAAGGUCAAGGUGAUGAUAAUAUAAAGGUGUACCAUCCUCACACCCCAUUCAACCCUCCUGGAUCCACCAUCUCUUCUGGAGGAAGGGCUCCAGUGUUCACCAGUGGAGGAGGUGGAAUCGGAGGUGGGGAUUUACGAGGCAGUGGAAUAGGAGGUGAUGGUGGCGAAACUCAGAAGCCGAGGUUUGUGAGUUAUGAGACCGAGCUGGGUCGGACAGCAGCCAUGACCACCUGCACUUCCUGUCAGCAGCAGGUGAUGACCAAUGUCACCUACAAGGUUGGGGCCUUCGCCUGGCUCAUGUGUCUCCUCUUCAUCUGUUUUGGGUUGAUCCUGGGCUGCUGUUUGAUCCCAUUCUUCCUGAAACACUUUAAGGACGCGUAUCAUUCCUGUCCUCGUUGCAACCGUAUCCUCCACGUGGACAAGAAGCGCUGCUGCUGACCUCCACACUGCCAUGGCAACCAGGGGAGGAGGAGCUGUCAGGGCCGACACCCUCUACCACUGCUCUCACUGAGUCUGGGCUGGAUUCCAUUUCUGAAAAACAUGUUUUACUUAUCCCUUUAGCACACACUGCCUUGUCUAUUUAAAAGUGGUUGUUCGUCUCCGGUUUCAUCGCUCAGCUGUUCACCAAAGCAGGAGGGGGGAUGCAAAAUGGAAUCCAGCUGAGAUGACAGCCAUCACUGCAGAAACCUCCGGAAUUACUGUCCCACAACUCCCAAAUAGCAUCCUGUUCCCUGUGUGGUACACUUCUGAGAGUGGGAAAGGUCUCUCCAUAGGGAACCGGCAGCCAUUUGGGAUAGAAAUGUAGUUUCUAUGGUUACAUUCAACUAACUGUACCUAGGGUUGUAAAUAUUUUUUUUAAACUGAAACAAAAAACUGAAAAACAUCAAAGAAGCAAGCAGACACAGGUCUGUGGCGGUGCUCUGUCUGGGGUCCUCUACUUUCCAAGAAUUCCCAGGUUUUCCAUUAAUCCCAUUUGAAAUAUUCCUAACGACAAAGGAAUAAACCUGGUAAUUCUCCAACGAGGAUUUCUAGAAAACCUUUGAUUUUAAGGGUACAUUACUAGUGUUUUGCAGGAACAACAUUCCAGAACAUUCGGAUAGAAAUGUGUUGGGUAAAACAGUUAUGAUGCCUGCACAUGUCUAUAUAUUGCACCCAUGUUUACAAAGGCCAACCAUCAAUGAGCACAAUAUUUCAUUUGAUUAUAUUUCAAACCCCCACCUGAUUGACUCUAAAUGCUACUUAACUUUCACCCUAUAAGUCUUUUUUAUAUGUAAAUAUAUACAGUAUGAAGGAAAUGUUCAAGAAAUAAUUGUGUGUGGGCAUGUGACAUUAACUCAAUUUGACCCAGGCCCUAGUUAAUCUGAGUGCAUGGAGGUCAUGCGUCCCAAAUGAAACCUUAUUUCUUUACCUAGUACACAAAAGAAGUGCAAAAAGAAUACAUGUGUUUGUCAAAGGUGUUCAGUGCAACCGGCUCCAAGGGGAAAAACACUGCCUCACUUUCCCACAGUCAGUCACACACACACACACACACACACAGUCACACACACACACACAAUCACACACACACACCUGAACGCUUGGUGACAAAAUUCAGCAUCAUUAUAUUCAAUAUACUCUGAGCAAUCUAACUUUCAAUUGUGAAUUUUAAGAAAUGUAUUUGUAAGCAUUGGAUUCUGGUUUAUUGCUUAUAUAGAUUAUUUUAUGCUUCUAAUAAACUAAUAUAUAUGAGGUAA